AAUAUCCGGUGUGUGGACGUAUGGGAGACACGGGCAGCAUGUUUGGGCUGAUGUUUUGGUCUUGACAGUGAAAUCCUGCAGUAAACAUGCCUCUGGUGGUUCUGUGCGGGUUUCCGUGCAGCGGCAAAACCCAAAGAGCGAAAGAACUGAAGCUUUUCCUGGAACAAAACUCCGAGCGGAAGGUUCACGUUGUGGGAGACGAGACUCUGGAUCUGGACAGAAACGCGGUGUACGCAGAUUCCCAAAAGGAGAAGGACGCCAGAGGAGCACUUAAAGCUGAAGUAGAAAGAAAAGUCAACAAGGAGGACAUUGUAAUUUUGGAUUCACUCAAUUAUAUUAAAGGUUAUCGAUACGAGCUGUUCUGUCUCAUUAAACACGCACAGACUCCACACUGUUUGGUUUACUGUUUGACGUCACCUGAAACCAGCUCCAAAUGGAACUCCGAAAGAGACGUUUCUGAGCGGUACAGCCAAGAAAUAUUUGACGCGUUGAUCCUGAGAUUCGAAGACCCAGACUCCAGAAACCGCUGGGACAGUCCUCUUUUUACCGUGCACCAGGACGACCAGCUUCCCUUCGAGGCCAUUUCCGACGCGCUUCUGAAACGAAAAGCUCCGCCUCCAAACCAGUCGACCCAAAAUCAACCUCUGUCGUCCGCGAACUUCCUCUACGAGCUGGACAGAGUCACUCAGGACGUGCUGAUGGUAAUUUUCAACGCACAAAAGACAAGCGUUUCUGGUGAUUACAUAACCGUCCCGGGAGCAACAGAAAAAAUAGAACUUUCCAGAAACAUCAACAUGGCAGAGCUGCGAAAGUUACGACGCCAGUUUAUCAGUUACACCAAGAGUCACCCGACAGAGGACAGCGCCCAGAUCACCAACAUGUUUGUGCAGUAUUUAAAUAAAAGCCUGCACUGAGCUGUCCGUUUUUAUUUUUGUUUUGUCUAAAUAAUAAAUGUAUUUUAUAUAA